CCUACACGGAGGUUGGUCCAACGCCCCCCUCUUUGGCGGCGGUGAUGAUACCCCUCAUUCGAAGUCUCGGUUGAUCAACUCGUUGCUUUCACCUCGGCUCAUCGUCCUCCUCCUCGCCCUCCUCCUCGCGUGCCUUAUCGCAACCGAAGCUGCGGACGGAAUAUCUCAACGGCCAGACGCAGUGCCACCCACCCCUCUUCCUCGAUACAGAUCGUGAUCCGAAAUAUACAACCUGCGAAUGUUGUACUCGAUAUGCUCCGAACAGCCCUCGUGAUGCCUGAGUUGCUUUCGACGUGACAGCACAGAAUCUAAUCUCGUCAAAUCUUCCACCAGAAGGCGAGUUCUACCAACCAUGUUGGCCGGUCAAGAUACACAGCGGUGAUUGGCUUCUGAGCAUGAACCACAUAUCGGAAUGACAUCUGCCUCGGAGCAUGGAUGGCGUUCUACCACUUUGAAUGUUGAAGUAAACGGCAUCACGUUGCAGCUCGCCAAAAGCCCUGUAUGUACGUUACGGUGGACAAGGGAAAACUUGGCAGAAUGCCUGAUCUAGAUCGAGGAUGGUACCCUGCUGGAGUCUCUAAUGUUGGGCAAGGACUGCAAGGACCCUCAGAUGGACACUGCGAACACAGAAAAAGCAUGGCAAGAGGUUACAGAACGCCUAUUCGCAAGUGGAAAUGGAAAACACCCGACCCACCAUCAUGAACAACAAGCGUGGGAGAUCCUCCGAUUGGGUUGGGUUACCGCCUUGCCCUUGAUCUUGGCAGUAUCGUUGCUGUGAAGUCAAGUGGGACUCCAACCCACGCUUCGAUCUUCCACCGUACAGAUCCGUGCGGGGAGCGUAGAUGGUCGUGUGUCUGUCCAGGGAGGAUGAGAUGGGUAUAGACACGAAGCCUCUCCCUAGCAAAGGGGAUGUUUGGUUCUCCUGGGCGACGUUGUCCCAAGUUCUUUUCUUCUUCAAGGAUACAGGCAGCCAGCAUCGCAAGAUGCCGUACUAUCGACAAGACCGCGGCGGCGGCAUGGCGCCUCCCAGACGUCUCAUCACCAUCGCCGUCUCCGUGGUUUCCUUCUUCAUCCUGACUGCUCUCGCCAUCGCCCAGUUCGGCCCCUCCUCCGAGUUGCACGCUCGGAAGCUUGCUCAGCGCAUCGAACAUGCCCAGCGCGCAAACCCCCAAUCCAUACCGCGGGACACUCCUCUCGGUGACAAGUAUCUGAUCGGUGUCGGGAAGGCCGACGUCACCGGCCCGGUUGUCGAGGUCGGCUUGGGCGGGUAUGCGGACACCAGCCAGGUCGGAAGCGGUUUGCGCCAACGGUUAUACUCGCGCACCUUCAUCAUUGGCGAGACCAAGAACCCCAAGAAUCGCGUAGUGUAUAUUGUGCUUGACACUCAGAGUGGAGACACGGCUGUCCGCAAUGGUGUUCUGGAUGCGCUGAAAGGGAUGGGAGACGAGUACUCAGUCUAUGGCCAGUCCAACAUUGCCCUUACGGGGACGCACUCGCAUUCCGGACCGGGUGCGUGGUUUAACUACUUGUUGCCGCAGAUCACGUCGCUGGGGUUCAGCAAGCAGAGCUAUCAGGCGAUCGUGGAUGGUGCUGUGCUGUCGAUCAAAAGGGCGCAUGAGUCUCUUCAGGAGGGCUACCUUGACAUCGGCACUACCGACAUCAAUGACGGAAACAAUAACCGCAGUCCCUCCGCAUACCUCGCCAACCCCGAGUCCGAGCGAGCCAAGUACCCCUUCAACACCGACAAGACCUUGACCCUCCUCCGGUUCCGGAGAGCUUCCGACCUGAAGAGCGUCGGUGUUCUUACCUGGUACCCCGUUCACGGCACGUCCGUUUUUCAGAACAACACGCUCGUGAACGCCGACAACAAGGGCGUUGCCGCAUACCUAUUUGAGCAAUCCGUCAAGGGCGACAGUCGUGCUGCUGAUGGUUUCGUUGCUGGCUUUUCCAACGCGAAUGUGGGCGAUACCACGCCGAAUACGCUGGGUGCCUACUGCGAUGAUGGUACCGGUGCUGCAUGCGAUUUUGAAAGCAGCACUUGUGCCGAUGGCAAGGUGCAGGCUUGUCAUGGAAGGGGGCCGCUUUUCCAGAAGCUGGAUAAGGGCGUAAGCAGUUGCUAUGAGAUUGGGAGGAAGCAGUAUGCUGGUGCUAAGAAUGUUUGGACUUCUCUUGAUUCAAGCUCGACGCCGGUUGUUGGCUCUACCGUGAGGUCAUUCCACUACUUCCAUGACAUGCGGUACUACAAGUUCAACCUCGACAAUGGCACCGAGGUCCAGACCUGCCCUGCUGCUCUUGGUCACUCCUUCGCUGCUGGCACCUCGGAUGGUCCUGGCGCCUUUGACUUCACCCAGGGCGACUCUGGUGCUCCUAACAACCCGUUCUGGUCCGUCGUGGGCGGUCUUUUACGAGUUCCAUCCGCUGAGCAGGCAGCCUGCCAAAAGCCCAAGCCCAUUCUCCUCGACGUCGGCGAGAUGGACAACCCUUAUGUCUGGACCCCCAACAUUGUCGACAUCCAAUCCUUCCGUGUCGGCCAAUUCUUCAUGAUCAUCUCCCCUUCCGAAGCCACCACCAUGUCCGGCCGUCGCUGGCGUGACGCCGUCAAAGCCGCCGCCAAGCAACAAAAGCUCACCGGUAGCACCGAGCCCGUUGUUGUCCUAGGUGGUCCCGCCAACACCUACGCCCACUACGUCGCCACCCCCGAGGAGUACGCUGUCCAGCGCUACGAAGGCGCUAGCACGCUCUUUGGGCAAUACGAACUGCCGGCGUACAUCAACCUCACUCUUUCUGCUCUCCCUUACCUCUCCCCCAGCUCUACCAGCUCGCCACCCCCAGGCCCUAGCCCGCCUGACAACAGAGAUGACUCCCUAUCUUUCAUCACAGGAGUCGUCUACGAUGGCGCUCCCUCCUCCAAACCAUUCGGGACGUGCAUCACGCAACCAUCAUCUUCGUACACACGCGGCAGCGUAGUCACAGCCGUCUUCCAAGGCGCCAACCCGCGCAAUAACCUGCGACUGGAAGGCACCUACGCCGCGGUCGAGAAGCUGGGAGCAGAUGGAAAGACGUGGACACAGGUACGGAGUGAUGAGGAUUGGAAUAUGACGUACGAAUGGAAGAGAACGAAUGGAUUGUUGGGACAUAGUGAAGUGACGAUCAGAUGGGAGACCAGGACGGAAAGUAAUGGGGAGCGAGAUGAUCCGACGGGGACAUAUAGGAUUAGGUAUUACGGGGAUGCGAAGGCUGCUAUUACUGGGAAGAUUACGGAGUUUCAAGGGGUUAGUAAGGAGUUUAAGUUGACUUAGGACAAGCCAAUUUGAGACGGUGGCUUUUGGGGUAAGAUGGGUGGUCAUGAAUGGCAUGUGAAUGAGAAAUGAUGAUGAUGGGAUGAUGAUAGGAUGAACGCAUGGUUUUGUUAUAGAAACCAGGUGCAUACGACCGAGCCAUGGAAAACGUUCGGAAAGUCC